GGUCGGUUUGUGUCACGGACGACUUUCCUUUUCCAGACUGGACUGGACCAGCUUUGGCGACUGCGACCAAGACUGGCGCACGACUGGACGACUGGACAGCGCGAGAGCCAGGGAGAAGCAUCGAGGAGCAACGCUGAUGACGCUGAGCUUUCAUAUCUAGAGCCGCAAGUUGAACCGAACCUCUCUUUGCCUUUACGAAAGAGUCGCCGCAAGCCACCAUGGCCGAGGCUUCCAUCGAGGUGGCUGUCCGCAUCCGGCCCUUCAGCCCCAAGGAGGCUGCGAUGCUGGCGCCGCAGGACAACCAGCUGCCCUUUCUGGGCGACGGCGGCCUCGGCGCGGCCCCUACGGCACGAAUGGCUGUCACAAACGGCAGCAACGGCCGUGCACCCUCGCUGAGGACCAACUUUCUCCGCCCAAUCAUCUCGCCCGUCGACGACAAGGUGCUCAUCUUUGACCCGCCGGACAACAACCCACUCAGCAAGCUGUAUGCCACGGCCUCGGGUGGCUAUGGCACGGGGGCAAAGAAGCCAAAGGACGUGCGCUAUGCGUUUGACAAGGUCUUUGACGACACGUGUGGCCAGGAGAUGGUGUUUGAGAACACGACGAAGCCGCUGCUCGACGGCAUUCUCAACGGCUUCAAUGCCAGCGUCUUUGCCUACGGAGCUACCGGCUGUGGAAAGACGCAUACAAUCAGUGGCACUCAGGAAGAUCCUGGCGUCAUCUUCCUCACGAUGAAGGAGCUCUACCGGCGCAUCGAGGACUCGCGCGAGGAGAGCGAGGUCCACGUCCGGCUCUCGUACCUCGAGAUCUACAACGAGAUGAUCAGAGACCUCCUCAGUCCGCAGCCAACACCGCCAGGCCAGGGCCUGCUUCUGCGCGAGGAUGCCGUCAACAAGAUCAGCGUGGUCGGCAUCACCGAGCACGUGCCCGCCAGCCCCGAGGAGGUGCUGGAGAUGAUCCAGGAAGGCAACCUGCGCCGGACGAUGAGCCCGACCGAGGCGAACGCCGUCAGCUCGCGCAGCCACGCCGUGCUCCAGAUCAACGUCACCCAGCGGCCUCGGACAGCCGACACGAUCAUGGAGACGACGAGCGCCUCGCUCAACAUCAUCGACCUCGCCGGCUCCGAGCGCGCCUCGGCGACGCGCAACAACGGCCAGCGCAUGAAGGAGGGCGCCAACAUCAACAAGAGCCUCCUCGCGCUGGGCAACUGCAUCAAUGCCCUCUGCCAGUCGGGGGGCCAAAAGGGCCGCCACAUUCCCUACCGCAACAGCAAGCUCACCCGGCUCCUCAAGUUCUCCCUCGGCGGCAACUGCAAGACGGUCAUGAUUGUCUGUGUCAGCCCGUCGAGCGCCCACUACGACGAGACGCACAACACGCUCAAGUACGCCAACCAGGCCAAGAACAUCCGCACAAAGGUGUCCAAGAACCUGCUCAAUGUCGACCGCCACGUUGGCCAGUAUGUCCAGGUGAUCCAGGAGCUGCGCCAGGAGAUUGCCGAGCUCAAGGCAAAUGCAGGCAAUGCCAUCGAGACGGCUGCCGAGCGACGGAGAAAGGCAGAUGUGGCAAAGGAGGUCGAAGAGGUCAAGGCCAAGAUGCAGCAGAGCACCGCAAAUGUCAAGAAGGUCGUCGAGGAGAAGGCGCACUUUGAGGCGCAGCUCCUGGCAGCCCAGAUCCGGCUUGCGCCGUUGCGAGAGAGGAUGGAGCAGCUCGACGCCGAGAUUGCUGGCUACAAGGCGCACUCGCACGACGUUCCCAGCGAUCUGGAGAGCGAGCGAGACAUCGUGGCGGGCCUGGCCGCGCCAGACGAGGCCAUCGUUGCCGAUCAGAACCUGCUCCGUGGCGCAUCGAGCCUGGACAGCAGCAUACAGAUGCAGCACGGCAUCAUCAUGGCCGCUUCCAGGAACGCCAAGCUCGACGACGCAGCAGCGGAGACGAUCAGGAACCUGGGACAGGCCAUGGUGGCCGACGUCGAGACGCAGCGAGCCAAGAUGAAGUUCGAGGCGAUGCAGGCCGCUUACGGUGCCGUCGCAGGUCGGACCAGAGACCUGGUCGGCCUGGCUGCGAGGUCCACUGUGACGUUGAAAGAAGCAGCUGGCGAGCUCACGUACAAGGUCGGCGCUGGUAAUGCGUCUACAGACGAGCUCGACACGCUCUCCAAGCAUCUGCUUGCUGCUGCACACGCCAAUGACGGUGUCUUCAACAGCAUCGCAGGACGUUCCACCAAGCAAGCGCCGAGUGACGCCCAGCGCAGGAAGUUUGCGGCUGCACCACGCAGUUCCCGUGCCUCACUCACGCCUGCCAAUGCAGCGAUGCCCUCCCAUGGUGGCCGGGUCAAGAGGAGCUCCAUCGUACCUGCCGCCGCACAGAUGGCACCGUCCUCUGCGUCGGGCCUCGUGAGCAGCCGCCUGCAGCACCUCGUGGCCAGUCCACGAAGGCCGAGAUCGAGCAGUGUGGCGGGCCGCGGUCGCACCAGCCUGCUGGCAAGCCAGGGCGGGCGCAAGUCGACAGUAGUAGCACCUCGCAGUCGCGGCAGCCUGUCGCGAGAGGAUGCCGUCCCAGCCAUGCCGCCGGCCGCGGCGAAAAAGAGCUUCCGGUGGGCCGACGAAGCGGGCGAAGGAUCCUUGGAGGGCCGGAGAAGCGCCUCGCCCCGUCGGAUGUCUUCUUCGUCGUCGUCAACAUCGUCGUCGCACCCCUGGUCGUCGUCAUCGGCCUCUUCUUCGCUCUCGUCGUCUACUGCUGCGGGCCCGAUGCGGAGGACGUCGGGCGCGUCUGCGCCUCGCUUUGCUCAGCCUACAUCCUCUUCCGCCGCUCGUGUCUCUGCCAAGCGCGUGGCAGCCAUCAGCGCCGAGGGGGAUGCCUCGGGCGAGACGAGCUCGGGUGCCGAGUGGGAGGACGUUGGCGAUCGCGCGGCGGGCGGCGCCAGCAAGAAGAGCAAAAGCUCCAUCUUUGACCGCAACUUUUUGACGAAGCGCACCUCUUCCUCGCUGGCAGCGGGCGCCGAGCCUUCGUCGCUGUCGGACGACGGUGGCGAUGACGAAGCCGUGUCCUCGUCGAGGGCGGCACGCGCGCCGCUCUCUGAUCUUCUCACCAACCGGGACGGCGACGCUCGCCUCGAGCGAGACGCGAGCUCCUCGCCUCCCGUCAGCUUUCGAUCCACCAGUGGUGGAAGCCUCCGUGCGAGCCCUUACAACCGCCGUCGAAGCCACCUCCCGCCUGCAGCACCCUCCUCGUGGAAGCCAGGCCACCGACUAGCCUCGUCUCAGCAGCAGCGCUCGUCGCCGAGCCCGACGGAAGACACAGCAGGAUCAUCGGCCGCGCGGGUGGCCUCUGGUCCCCCCUCGUUUGUUGCCUCCCGGCUCAGCAGGACGAGCGCAGGCAGCAGCCCGCCGAAGAAGGCCCCGGGCGACGACUCCACCGCCUCCAGCACCAGCACCGUCUCUGCCAACCGGCGGAGCCUCUCAACGACGACUACGAACACGGCUGCGACGAACUCUGCCUGGCGCUGACCUUUCGUGUUCUCCGCUAGUAUCCCUCUCCCGUUUUGUGUAUCCUCGCCUCUUUUUCAUAUCUGUACACUACUCAUCUUACAUUCACUGACCAGCCUCGCCCUUCACCGCUUCUACUCUACCACAGCCAUCAUGGACACUUCUCUACUAUCUCUUCUCUCUUAGAUGACUUCUAGAUGACAAUGAUGAAAAACAGACGAUGAGC